GUGCGAGGCGCCACCAACCCUGGAAGACUACAAGAUCCAGCAGGCACUUCGCGCGCCUCCCGCCGACCAGCCCAGCUCUGGAAAAUCCGGCCCUGCAGUCCAGACCCGCCCAGGAGCCUUCGCAGGGCAAGAUGGCUGCUCUGGGUGCCGAAGUGGAGGUGCGACACUGAACACUCAAUGCCUGUGGGCGCGGGGAGGCGUGGCCUCCCCCUGGGCUGCCACCUGUAUUGGUUUCUCUGCCUGUUCACCUUAAAGCUCUGCCAAGCAGAGGCUCCAGUGCGGGAGGAGAAGCUGUCAGUGAGCACCUCAAAUUUGCCGUGCUGGCAGGUGGAAGAGUUUGUGGUGGCAGAAGAGUGUUCUCCAUGUUCUAAUUUCCAGGCUAAAGCCACCUCUGAAUGUGGUUCCACAGGAUAUGUGGAGAAAAUCACCUGCAGCUUAUCGAAGAGGAGUGAGUUCAAAAGCUGCCGCUCAGCUCUGAUGGAACAACACUUAUUCUGGAAAUUUGAAGGGGCUGUUGUGGGUGUAGCCUUGGUCUUCGCUUGCCUUGUCGUCGUUCGUCAGCGACAGCUGGACAGAAGGGCUCUGGAAAAGGUCCGGAAGCAGAUCGAAUCCAUAUAGCUACCUUCCACCCUUUCUAUAUGGGUCUUACAGACCCCACACUAGACAGAGAAAGUGGAAUGGACUGACUUGUGCCCCCUUUGUAAUUUUUUGAGUGGGAAAAAUCCCAAAAAGCCUUUCUUCUAUCUUCCUUGUCUAGAUGAUUAAUGAGCAGAAUAAAAAGAGUAAACUAGA